AUGCAAAAACAUCACGUCGCAAAUGCGACCGUUCCUUCGAGCGGUACACGUUGGGCCCUCAUGCAGGAUAAUCCAUUGAUGCCCCUCCCCAUCGUUGGCAUCCAUCGGACGAUUCUGAGUGAGAUGAUCGGUGAUCAUUCAGCCAGCAUUAAUGGCUCGAAACGCUAG